AUGGAUCUCGUCAAGCCUAUUACAUCCGAUCAUGAUCUAAUUGAGCUUGCCAAGCGUAUUGGGGUUCAUCUCGAUGCUAUCUUUGAGUCAAAUGAGAUCACAAAGCCGCUACCGAAGCAAGGUUCAUAUCUGGUUCUACUUAGACCACCUAAUCUUGAUGUAGGACACUGGCAGGCUGUUCAUGAUGGUGAAUUCUUCGAUUCAAUGGGAGAAGCGGCACCUACGAAGUAUGGUAUCGGGCGUUACAAUCCCAAACAAUAUCAAGGCACUUAUGGCGAUUAUUGCGGAAUAUGGUCAAUAAUGUAUCGCGAAUUGACGAUUUCUAGCGAUGUUCCAGCUCCCAAGCUGACUAAAGCCCAAAAGACAGGUAAGCUAAGCCUUACAGCUGAUCAACUCAAGGGUUCAGGCUCUGUUAUCCAUCUCCACCCAGCUUCGUAUGAGAAAGCACUUAAGGCACGCAAGGCGGGUCGUGGCGUUAGACUCGAUAUUACCGAGCAUGAGAUAAAAAAAGGCUACAAGAAGCUCCAAGAAGGAUCCAUUUGGAGUAAAAUCAAAUCAGGUGCCUGCUAUCGCUACAGCGUUUAA